AUGGACCAAUCAGUUCUGGACGACAUAAUCAAUCGUCUUCUGGAAGUCCGAGGCCGACCCGGAAAGCAGGUCCAGCUAUCUGAGUCCGAGAUCCGGCAACUUUGUUUGGCCUCUAAAGAAAUUUUCUUGCAACAGCCUAAUUUGUUAGAGCUUGAAGCACCCAUCAAGAUUUGUGGUGACAUACAUGGUCAGUACUCUGACCUUUUAAGGCUUUUUGAGUACGGUGGAUUACCUCCUAAUGCCAAUUACUUAUUCCUAGGGGAUUAUGUGGAUCGUGGAAAGCAAAGUUUAGAAACAAUAUGUCUUCUCCUUGCAUAUAAAAUAAAAUAUCCUGAGAACUUUUUCCUCUUGAGGGGAAACCAUGAAUGUGCUUCUAUAAACCGUAUAUACGGAUUCUAUGAUGAGUGUAAGAGAAGAUUCAAUGUGAGGCUAUGGAAGACGUUCACAGAAUGUUUUAACUGCCUACCUGUGGCAGCUCUGAUUGAUGAAAAGAUCCUCUGCAUGCAUGGGGGUCUUUCUCCUGAGCUGCAGAAUUUAGAUCAAAUCAGAAAUUUACAGCGGCCAACUGAUGUACCAGACGCAGGUUUACUCUGUGAUCUUCUCUGGUCUGAUCCCAGUAAAGAUGUUCAAGGUUGGGGAGGGAAUGACCGGGGAGUUUCAUAUACAUUUGGUCCUGACACAGUAACGGAGUUUCUUCAGAAGCAUGAUUUGGAUCUCGUUUGUCGUGCUCACCAGGUUGUUGAGGAUGGGUAUGAGUUAUUUGCCAACCGACAACUUGUGACAAUAUUUUCAGCACCUAAUUAUUGUGGGGAAUUUGAUAAUGCCGGUGCCAUGAUGAGCGUGGAUGAGACAUUAAUGUGCUCUUUCCAAAUAUUAAAACCUGCAGAUAAAAAGUCAAAAUUCAACUUUGGGAGCACGACUACAGCUAAGCCUGGAAAUACUUCGACUGGAGUUUUUGGGAGCACAACUACAGCUAAGCCUGGGAACUCUCUAACAGGAAUCAAGGAAGGUUUUAGAUGGCAUGUUAAGACAUUUCCAGAUUAA